GCAGCACCUGACCUAGUGGACCCCAAAUCCGCCACUCACAGCAGCAAGCCCCGCCGCUCCUUCUCCGCCAAGUCAAUCACACUGAGCCCUACAGAGGAGUGUAAGGCCAUCGCCACGGUGAUGAAGUGGAAGACAGUGUCGGCCAUUUUCCUCCUGGUAGUUCUCUACCUGGUUGUCGGAGCUGCCGUCUUCAAGGCCCUAGAACAACCCCAUGAGAGUGCUCAGCGCCUGGCCAUCCUGACUCAGAAACUAGACUUCCUCUCUACACACUCCUGUGUAAACCACAGCCAACUGGAGGAACUGGUCAAGCAAGUGGUGUCAGCGAUCCGUUCAGGGGUGAACCCAGCCGGGACUCUGACCAAUCACAGCAGCCUCUGGGACCUAAGCUCCUCCUUCUUCUUCGCUGGAACCGUCAUCACUACCAUCGGAUUUGGGAACAUUUCCCCCCAUACGGAGGGAGGGCGUAUCUUCUGUAUCAUCUAUGCCAUUUUGGGGAUCCCUCUGUUUGGCUUCCUGCUGGCUGGAGUAGGAGACCAACUGGGAACCAUCUUUGGGAAGGCCACCGCCAGGGUUGAGAAGAUGUUUGUGCAGUGGGAUGUUAGUCAGACCAAGAUUCGUGUCAUCUCCACCGUUCUCUUCAUCCUGUUCGGCUGUCUGCUCUUCGUGGCGCUGCCGGCGGCCAUCUUUAAACACAUUGAGGGCUGGAGUGCCCUGGAGUCCCUCUACUUUGUAGUCAUCACCUUGACAACCAUUGGUUUCGGGGACUUUGUCGCAGGUGGUUCAGAGAUAGAGUAUCUGGACUACUACAAGCCUGUGGUGUGGUUCUGGAUCCUGGUGGGACUGGCGUACUUCGCUGCUGUUCUCAGCAUGAUAGGAGACUGGCUCAGAGUCAUCUCUAAGAAGACCAAAGAAGAGGUAGGGGAGAUCAGGGCUCACGCAGCAGAGUGGACGGCUAACGUCUCGGCAGAGUUCAAGGAGACUAGGCGUCGCCUCAGCGUCGAGGUCUACGACAAGUUCCAGCGAGCCGCAUCAAUCAAAAGCAAAAUGUCAUCUGAGCUGGGCCUAAACUCUGACCCCGAGCUCACCCCACCAAAAAGGAAGAUGUCCGUCAACUUCACCAAUGAAUUGGAUUGGGAGGAGACGGUAUCCCCGCCUGUUACCAAAAAUGGAAGUCUGUUCCUAAAUGGGAAGGAGGUGGACCCUAAGAGAGGUGACAUUGCUAUUACACCUCAAGUAGAGUUCACAACCUUUCACCUCUGACUCUGCUUCAGCACAAGCCACGCCCACCUGGUUACAACAACCAAUGGCAGCCAUCUUUCAGCACAAACUGGAUGAUGUCGUUGAUAAACACCUGCCCUUAUGACGGACUAUAUAACAAUAUAACACUAUGAAUAAAUUAUGAAGUAUUUUGAUUUUGAACUACAACCGAAUAACAACAUGAAUUGUGAACUGUGAACAGAUCUUAAUGUAUCUGAAUAGAAGAGUCACGUUUGGGGAGUAAGGUCAGGGCAAAUCUGAAUUGUCAUCCUAUUCCCUGUAUAGUGUUCUACUUAAUGGCCAUAACCUCAUAGGGUUAUGGUCAAAAGCAGUCCACUAUAUAGAAAAUUGGGUAUCAAAUAGGACAUAGCCUUAGUUUAUGUAUACAAUUUAUUAUGUUGCCGAUGUACAGUGAGGGAAAAAAGUAUUUGAUCCCCUGCUGAUUUUGUACGU